AUGUAAGUUGAAUUAAAUCAAAACUCUCUCUAAAAUUAAUAUCUACAAAACUUUACUUAAUCAAAGUUUUAGGAUAAAAAAUCUAUAGUGUUGUCAUAAGAACAUUUGAUGAAAGAAGAGGAGAAUUUGUAUCCAUUAAGAAAAUAAAGCUUGGAAAAUUGAAGAAUAAAGGUUUUCCUGUUACUACAAUCAGAGAAAUAUCAAUACUACCAGAACUCUUGCUUGGUGAUGAUAAUUAUGGAACUGGCGUUGAUAUAAAAGAGGCUGUUGGUUGUAUUAUGGCUGAAUGUUUAGCAUAAGAACCACUGUUUAAAGGGGAUAGUGAAAAGUGUAUAUUGUAUCAAAUUAUGGAUGUAAUUUUAUAUUUUAAUUUUUUCAAAGGUACUUGGAACUCCAUUCGAUGAUAAUUAUAUUGGUUUGUCUAAACUUUCAAAUUAUAAAGAUGAUAUUACAAUACAUCAACCCAAAGAUCUUACUUAAAUUGUACCAUUAUUAAUCAAUGAUCAUAGAGCCCUUGAAGUCUUAUAGUCAAUGCUGUAAUUUAAUCCAGCCAGGAGACCAUAAGCAAAAGAAUUAUUAAAUUAUUCAUGGUUUUAUGAUAUUAGAAAUAAUUAUUGA